AUGGCUUUCGUAACCCGGCAGUUCGUGCGCUCUGUGUCCUCCUCAUCCACUGCCUCAGCCUCGGCGAAGAAAAUCAUCAUCAAGCACGUGACGGUUAUCGGAGGUGGGCUAAUGGGCGCCGGCAUCGCCCAGGUUGCUGCAGCAACUGGCCACACGGUAAUGUUGGUGGACCAGACAGAGGACAUACUAGCAAAAUCUAGAAAGGGGAUUGAGGAAAGCCUUAGGAAAGUGGCCAAGAAGAAGUUUGCAGAAAACCCCAAGGCGGGUGAUGAAUUUGUGGAGAAGACCCUGAACAGCAUAUCAACCAGCACGGAUGCAGCAUCUGUGGUCCACAGCACAGACCUGGUGGUGGAGGCUAUCGUGGAAAACCUGAAGGUGAAGAACGAGCUCUUCAAGAGGCUGGACAAGUUUGCCUCUGAACACACAAUCUUUGCCAGCAACACUUCCUCUCUGCACAUCACAGACAUAGCCAAUGCCACCACAAGACAGGACCGAUUCGCCGGGCUCCAUUUCUUCAACCCAGUGCCCAUGAUGAAGCUUGUGGAGGUCAUAAAGACACCAAUGACCAGCCAGAAGACAGUUGAGUCUCUGAUAGACUUCAGCAAAGCCCUGGGAAAGCAUCCUGUUUCUUGUAAGGACACUCCUGGGUUCAUUGUGAACCGUCUCCUGGUGCCAUACCUCAUGGAAGCGAUCAGGCUGCAUGAACGAGGUGAUGCAUCCAAGGAAGACAUCGACACCGCGAUGAAGCUGGGGGCUGGAUACCCUAUGGGCCCAUUUGAGCUUCUCGAUUAUGUGGGCCUGGAUACUACGAAGUUCAUCAUUGACGGGUGGCAUGAAAUGGAUGCAAAGAACCCCUUGUUUCAGCCCAGCCCGUCCUUGAAUAAGCUGGUAGCUGAGAACAAGCUUGGCAAGAAGACCGGAGAAGGGUAUUACAAAUACAAGUGA